AUGGUAACAGUUGAAACAUUCCUCCAGAGGUCUCUCAGUCAGACCAAAGGAGAUGGCCAAAUUACUCGGACCACGCUCAACCCUGGAGAUAAUUUUACUAUGUCCUGUUCAGUACAGAGGACUGAAGCCGGACUGCUUUAUUUCUACAAAAUGACUUUGGAAUCACUGGUCCAAACCGUUGCAGAGGGAUCCUAUGAGAAAAUAACACUUAAAAGAAAUUUCCACAAUUCAAGAUUUGGAAUAUAUAAAACUGAAUUAAACAUGGAAAUUGUGUAUACCUUCACAAUUUUUAAUGUGACCAGGGAAGAUGCAGCCUCUUAUGUUUGUCAAGCUGGACCAUCAUACAAAAUGAGUUUUGUCAAUACGACUCUUUUGAUCAUUCUUGAACAACGGCAUCACACUUUCUAUGUGAAACAAAUCCCACAAGCAUCAGUCACUCUGGGACGUCCAGUGCAGCUCCAGUGUUCUCUUGUGUCCAAGAACAGCUCCACACUGCAGUGUCCUUCUAAACGUAACGUGCACUGGUUCAGAUCUGGAGCAGGAGAAUCUCCAGGCAGCAUCAUCUACACUUAUGAAGAGCAGACAGAGGAGCAGAACCAAAGGAGAUGUGUCUACAGUCUGUCCACAACUAUACAGGACGUCAAUGAUACUGGGACGUACUACUGCGCCGUGGCCACAUGUGGACAUAUCCUGUUUGGACCAGGGACAAGAGUGGAGAUAAGCCCAGGUCAUGUCUCUGGUAUCGUCGUUGUCCUGGCUGCUCUUCUGGCUCUCUGUCUCUUUGUGAUCGCUGCCCUCAUCUACUCCAGACAGGACAGAGACUAA